CCCUCUCUCUCUCUCUCUCUCUCGAUUCGUCCACACACCAAUGCCGGCCAACUUGCCGCCCCCUCCUCCCCCCAUUUCCCUCCCCGGCCAGCCAGCCGAUCAGGCACCUUCUGUGCCGCACUCUGCCCCCAUCGGUGGCACCGGCGCCCCUGCCUCUUCCGCCCCCAUGACGGCGCCCCCCCUGAGCAGCCCGCGCGGAGAUGGUAGCCUCCCAGCCAGUGCGACCCCGGCUGACAUGGGCCCCGUGCACCAGCCCUUCCGGCCGACGUACACGGCCGGGCGGCUCCCCCUUCGGUCCGACCAGCCAGCGGUGUUGAUCUCACCGGCCGCACGCCUGCGCCUCCGCGAAACCUUCCUCACCCAGGCGCCGGACUUCCACGCUGGCCUCCCGGCGAGCUCGGCCGAUGGACAGGAUCUUCUGUCCACCCACCUGGUCCCCGGGGUCCGGCGUGUGCGGGUCAAGUACCUGCGCCCCGAGCAGCCGGACUUCAACAACCCCUUCGCCAAUCAGCUGGAAUUCCUCAUGAAGCUGCGUGCUCCGGAAUCCGGCAGCGGUGGCGGUGCUCCGGCCGCAUCGACCACCUUCCAGCGCUGGCUACGAGCCGUCUACCGGAGUGCCCUGACGGUGCCGGAUGGCAUCGGCCAUCGGACCGAGCGUGCCACGCCGGAGGCCAUCUUCGAGCGGUCGACCAAACGCGACGGCAUGAACCGUCUAACCGGGCUCAUCUCCAAUCCCAUGCGGCCCUCGGACGAGGGGUAUGCCGACACCGAGGACAUCCCCGCCUGGCUGGCCAACAUCUGGUGUGGCUCCAGCCCCAUGGGUCCGGGCGGACUGCACCCGGCCCCGCCGACGGCCGGCGACCCGAGCAGCCCGCCCCCUGGCCGGUCGGCCCCACCAUCGCCCUUCGGCAGCCCCUCGGCUUCGGCGUCCAGUUCGACCACCGGGUCGCUGGCCUCCACGCCGCUGCUCACCGGCCUCGAUGCUGUCGGGGCCCCGGUGGCCGAUCCCGUCAUCCCGGCCCUGGCGCACGUCCUCAUGCAGUCGGACUUUGCCAUUGUCACUCGGCUGCUGCGCGAGCGCGCCAACGACGACAUGCUGCUGAAGUCCAUCCUGCACCUGUUCGAGAACUACGGCCUGUCGCUGGAGCUCUUCUCCGGACUGCUGGUGGAUGAGAUCAACAACACCAUCGAUGAGAACACCCUCUUCCGUAGCAACUCCGCCACCUCCAAGGCGAUGACCUUCUUCUCGCGCCUGGUUGGCGGUGACUUCCUGCGCCAGGUGCUCAAGAGCAACCUCCAGGAAAUCAGCCAGCUCCCUCCGCUCGAGAUCGACCCGAAGCGCAUCACCCCGGAGAUGGAUGUCUCCACGUCCCUCCGGGUGAUCCAGAACAUGGCCCAGCAAAUCUUCAACACCAUUGUCAACAGCAUUGCCGCCUUCCCGGCUCCGAUUCUGGCCCUCUGCUCGAUCAUCCGCAAGGGUGUCGAGGCGCGCUUCCCCGGCAAGUAUUUCUACGGUGUUGGUGGCUUCGUCUUCCUGCGCUUCAUCUGCCCGGCCAUCGCCGCCCCGGAGACCCAUGGUCUUGUGGACAGCCUUCCCUCCUCCGAGACACGCCGGACCUUGAUCCUGGUGUCGAAGAUCCUCCAGAACCUGGCGAACAAUGUGCUCUUCGGCAGCAAGGAGGCCUUUAUGGAGCCCUUCAACCAGUUUAUCCAGCAGAAUCAGUCGCAGCUGUUUGAUCUCUACGACAAGCUGAGUACCUCUCCCCCGCAGGAGUACACCGGUGUCCCGCUGUUUGACAUUGACGAGGCCAUCCUCGGCAACUCCUUGAAUGUCAUCCGCGAGGCGCUGGAGCGCAGUCUCGAGAGCCUGCUGCCCAAGCUGGCUGGUGUAACGAUUGUCGAGCCCUACACCUACGACCUGUUUGACUCCGUCGGCGGGAUGCUCAGUGGCCUGGCCAGCCUCGACGGAUCGGACUUCAUUUUGAGCGACAUGUAUGAGCUCAUGUGCCUUGACCACUUCCAGACCCUGCUCAAUAUCAUCUCCUACCAGAAGGAUCGCCGGCUGAUUGACUACGCCUGCGCUGAGAUCAUUCCCCUGUCGAUCCGGUUCUCCGAGACCGUGUGGAAUCUCCUCCGCAUCCUGGAGCGGGAGAUCGAGCUGUCACAGCGCCAGCACCCGGCCUGCUUCGAGCAGCUCCCCGGCUACCGGCUAACGAUUGCCUAUUCGCAGCUUCUCGGGUCCAACUACACCAAGCGUGUGCUCGGGUCCGUGUUGUCGGAUCUGGCGCAGAAUCCCGAGCAGUUUGUCCUGCCGGUGUCCAGCGCCGGUGGGGUCCCCCCGACGCCGGGGGCCAUCAAUGUCAUCCUCGGCCGCUAUGCCCAGGUGGCCCUGCGUAUUUUGUCGACCAUCGUCUCCUCCCUCAGCUACUUCCCGAUCCCGGUGAUGCACAUCUUCAAGUUUGUUUAUCACAAGGUCGUGCAGAAGUACCAGUGCGAUGUGGCCGCUCGGAACUUCCUGCGCGUCAUGCUCCUGGACCAGAUCAUCUGCCCGGCCAUCACCGAGCCGCUGGCCAACGCGGUGCCCGUGUCCUUUGCUCGGCCCGGCGAUGCGGCCGGGCUCCUGAGCGACCGCUCGCCCAUUCUCAAUGUCAUUGCCGACAUCUUCCGGCACAUUGCCCGGCACACCUUCUUCGAGCAGCCGCACUUCGCGCCAUUGAACUUCUUCAUCCGUGACCACUGGUACCUGCUGGAUGAGUUCAUCCACACGAUCAUCACAUCGGACCCGCCUCUCAACCCCUCCUCCUGGGCCAUUCCGCGGUCGCUCAAGCGCGACGAGGAGGCCAAGCGCGGGUCGGUCAAUGUCGGUCGCGUCAUGACCGACGAGGCUCUGGAGCUGGCGCACGGCCAGUUCACCGACCUGUCGGAGGCUGUGCGCCGGCACAUUGCCGCCAACCAGGCCAAGGCCGCUGCCGCCGGCCCCGGCGACCUGGCCCACAUCCUGGCCGGCGAUUCGCAAUUCGCCAUGUCCCACUUCCCGGCCGCCACCCAGCGGGUCUGCGAGGCGGUGGAGUACCGUCUGACCGACCGCCUGUUCAUGGUUCUGGCCCAGACGUAUGUCAAGUCGUCGUGACGCUGCUGCCGGAGCGGCUCGUUGUCUUUUUUUCCUUUCUAUCGCACCGUGUCUGCUCUCUCCCUCGUCCCCCCGCCUCUCUGCCUGCCUGUGGGUGUGGGCAUGUGCAUGCAGGUGUGGGCACACAGCCGCAUGGGCCCAAGGCAAACCCCAAGCCUCUCCACCCGGCCCCCCUUUCUUCCAGGCAAUCCAUGUCAAGGUACUUGGCAUUUCGGUCCUGCCCGUUCGCACUUGCCCUCUUCUCCCGGGUGUUCUUUUGCGUUUGGCGGCCACCAUGCUCGCUCCUAUGGCCACCACUGCCGCCACAAACGCGCCACCUUUGUCGAGCCGUCCUCCCGCAUCUGCAUGUAUGGAUGUGGGUGUGUGUGCGCGGCCGCGCAAAUGGGAUUCAGCACAUGCGUCAUCUGCCCUCUUGAAAAAUAUACACAGUCACACAGGA